AUGGACACGUCUAUAGUUGCAACAUCGAACGUGACCAAUCUUGCGGAAUGUGUAUUGGAACUAGUAUUGAAUUCAUUAAAGGCAAAUGCUACAUCGAUUGCAAUACGAUUUCACACGGAAAUACGAAAAAUUCAAGUAGUAGAUAAUGGCAUAGGGAUCUCAAGGGAGAAAUUGAACGCUAUUGCAGAGUAUAACGCACAAAACGAACCUCGGAAUGUGCAAGACAUUUGUAACUCCAACAAACAGACACUUGCAAAUAUUCGUAGAUUUUCUGAUGCUUUGAUAAUUACUUCUAGACGUCACAAGUCGUCUAAAACAUACAUGAAGGUUUUUAAAGUGUGCUGUGCACCUAAAAUUAUUAGAGUUCAAAGAAGACCAUCCAUUGGAACUACAGUAAGCAUCUAUGGAUUUCAUGAAUUAUCAUUUGACAAAUGGAAUAUACUCUCAAUGUAUUUAUUAGUUGGAAACAUUGCCAUAGUUAAUCUACAGGUAUCAUUUUCUAUCAGAGAUGAUCAAGGAAAGAAAGUUAUUAUGAUAAUCUCUAAGCCCCAUAAGCCAAUAGAAAUCUUUAAGUCAUUAUAUCGUAGAGAAGUAUCAUUUAAUAAUGUGUGGUACAUUGAAAAUGUGAAUGAAGAUAGCACUAAAUUCUGUGCAUUCAUUGGAUUAGCUAAUACAAAGCUAAAUGCUAGACAGUAUAUUUUUUUGAACAAUAGACCUGUUCAUUGUCCUUUGAUUCUCCAAGUGAUUUCAACUGCCUUUAUCACUAUAUUAAGAUCCUCUGUACAGAAAACUAAUAACUUUGAUAGUACCACGCUGUUUCAUAAACAUUAUGAUUUCUUGCCAAAAAAAUUGCAUAAACUUUUAUGCGGCAACACCAAGUUGACGAAGACGGAUGUUUUAAUCAAAUCUGGUGGAAGCGUGACUUCAAGUAGAUUGAAGUCUGGAUUGCAGAUUCCAGAUACUUUGCUGCACCACGAAAUGGUUGUACGACCGUGCAAAGCUGUGCAACGAUUGCGUGAAUUUAGAUUAAAGAAGGAGCUUCUAGAAUUUGUAGAAAUAUUGGGUCAGGUAAGGAACGAAUUUAUAGUAGGAUUAGCAAUUCAAAAUGAUUGGAAGGUGUUACUCUUGAUGGACCAACAUGCUAUUCAUGAGAGGAUACGAUAUGAAAAUUUACUUCAUAAGUACAAGUCGCAAACUAGAAACCAAUUGCUUUCUACCAAACUGAGAGAUCCUAUUGUCAUACAGUUACCUGUAGAUAAAUGCAAUUUACUUAUAUCAAAUAAGAUUCAAUUAAAAAGGUUUGGAAUAAGUUUCAUUGCCAUAAACGAUAGCACGAUGGCAGUGCAUACAGUGCCAGAAUGUUUAAAAAAAGAUAGAUAUUAUGAUGAGGUCAAGUUAAAAUUUAAUCUACAAAGUCUUUUAAAUGAAAUAUUGCAAUACUUCACAAAGGACAAACAUCAUGGACUCAAUGAUCUGCCACACACCAUUCACAAUGCAAUUGCAAUGGAAGCUUGUCACGGAGCUAUAAAGUUUGGAGAUCCACUAACGCUGCAGCAAUGCAAGUGGCUCUUGAAGUUAUUAAAGAAGACAAAAAUUCCCACACGGUGUGCUCAUGGCCGGCCAUCUGUAGUGCCUAUACUGGAGCUCUCAGAAUUAGAUAAAUGGAACAAGAAAUCUUGUCAGGUAUGUAAGCACAGUACAUAUUACGUUUAGGUAACAGGUAUCUAAA